UCUGCGAAUCACUCUACCUAUCUCCGAAAUGAAGAGUUUAUAAACAGGUCCAUCUAUGAUGCCGUCCUUCUCUUCCAAAAAUUUCUUCCUGGCACUGCUUGGCUGAAGACCGAAUCAACAGCAACAAGCCUAGAAGCUCCCAUCUUUAUUCCUCUAUUUUCAGAUACCUGCUUGACCUCUUCUGGCCUCAUCUCGCUCUUUGCCAACGCCAACAAGACAGCAAUAAUGGGUCUACGUGCAGCGCUCCGAGGGCUUGUGUCGAUGCAUGAUGAAGGUCGGCUUGAACAGCCCGCCACGUUCUGCCACAACAACAACAACGACAGGCUACUCUCGCCCUACGACAACUCCAAAACUCCAUUGGCCAAGAUGGGCCACGAUACCAGGACCGGAGUACACCUUGGCCAAGCCAGGGUCUACAAAAUCCGGGCAGAAAGCUCUUCCGGAAUCAGACCCGUUUCCCCGCCAGCUUCCGCUGCGAGGAGCACCACGUUGACAGACUCGUCUGUAAUGUAUCGCACCGGGACCAACACGCUCCACACCGAGAACCGAUACACUUUAGCAGAGAUGGCUGCUCGUGUGGCCUUCACCGACCGUUGCGGAUACUGCGGAUCGCGGACUCGCGUCGUUUCAAUUCCUCCCGGUCCCUCGACCAAGGACAAGCCUGUAGUCAUCGUCAAGCGGAAGCCUCUUCCAAGCCAGUCAAAAUCGGUUCAGGGAAGCAGAGCACCCAGCCCUUUGCGUAGCGCUAUUACCACAGACGAGCCUCACUCAGACCCGUCAAGCUGCUUGACUCGCGAAGGCGCAGAGAGGAGCCGGAGUGCUGCGCAAAGCACCCAUGUUUCGACACCUCCCACCCCAGGUCACAAUGACCUCUCCCGUCGAGUUGCAGACUGGGCUUCCAACACCGCUUCGCACACAACUCUCAUUGAGGAGCCCCUGGAUACGAUCUCCGAAGAAGCGUCUGGCGACCUCCACCAGCGAGUUGCACACUGGGCUUCCAACACCGCCUCGCACGCCACACUCAUUGAGGAGCCCCUGGAUACGAUCUCCGAAGAAGCGUCUGGCGACCUCCACCAUCGAGUUGCAAACUGGGCUUCCAACACCGCCUCGCACGCCACAUUCAUUGAUGAGCCCCUGGAUAUUGUCUCCGAAGAAGCAUCUGGCGCUACUAUGGUGUCCCCAGUUUGCAGACCCAUCAAGCGUAGAGGAAAGGGGAGGAAGAGGAACACCGUCGCCACGAGUCAUCUGGCGAGGGGGUCUAUGCGAUCAGAGGCUGAGCAUGUAGAUGCAACAUGAAUGGGACAAGGCUCGGACCAUCCGGUUUCUCCUCGGACAGAAGGGUUGAGAAGUUGACCCAGAUCGAGUUGGGCUCAACCUCUAGAGCGUCAUUUGUUUCUCGUCAAUAGUUAAGACUUAGAGCAAAGAAGUUGACGCCUGGACAUUUGAAUUUCACAAACAUCCUCUACUAUAGCUGACAGGAAGUGAACUGGCUUGGCAAAAG